AUGCAGAUCUUCGUCAAGACCCUGACCGGCAAGACCAUCACUCUGGAGGUGGAGUCUUCGGACACCAUUGAGAAUGUGAAGAGCAAGAUCCAGGACAAGGAGGGCAUCCCCCCUGACCAGCAGCGCCUGAUCUUUGCCGGCAAGCAGCUCGAGGAUGGCCGCACUCUGGCUGACUACAACAUCCAGAAGGAGUCCACCCUGCACUUGGUGCUGCGUCUGCGUGGAGGCAUGCAGAUCUUCGUCAAGACCCUGACCGGCAAGACUAUCACUCUGGAGGUGGAGUCUUCAGACACCAUCGAGAACGUGAAGAGCAAGAUUCAGGACAAGGAGGGCAUCCCCCCUGACCAGCAGCGCCUGAUCUUUGCCGGCAAGCAGCUCGAGGAUGGCCGCACUCUGGCUGACUACAACAUCCAGAAGGAGUCUACCCUGCACUUGGUGCUGCGUCUGCGUGGAGGCAUGCAGAUCUUCGUCAAGACCCUGACCGGCAAGACUAUCACUCUGGAGGUGGAGUCUUCAGACACCAUCGAGAACGUGAAGAGCAAGAUCCAGGACAAGGAGGGCAUCCCCCCUGACCAGCAGCGCCUGAUCUUUGCCGGCAAGCAGCUCGAGGAUGGCCGCACUCUGGCUGACUACAACAUCCAGAAGGAGUCCACCCUGCACUUGGUGCUGCGUCUGCGUGGAGGCAUGCAGAUCUUCGUCAAGACCCUGACCGGCAAGACUAUCACUCUGGAGGUGGAGUCUUCAGACACCAUCGAGAACGUGAAGAGCAAGAUCCAGGACAAGGAGGGCAUCCCCCCUGACCAGCAGCGCCUGAUCUUUGCCGGCAAGCAGCUCGAGGAUGGCCGCACUCUGGCUGACUACAACAUCCAGAAGGAGUCCACCCUGCACUUGGUGCUGCGUCUGCGUGGCGGAUUCUGA